ACGUCGCAGAAUUUAUCAGGAUUCAAAAGUCUGUGGGACUAGAAGAUUAAUAAGGAGAGGAAAGCCAGAGGCGCAAAGAAGCGAACCUGACGAUUCGACAUUGUGAAGGAUAGGCUGAGCUAGAGAACUUUAAGGUAGACAAAAAAUGAAGAGAGAAGGCCAAAUGGGGACAUAUAUAACUGUAGCGAAGGAUGUCUACCUAGCAGCCUUGGAAGAAGACUGGGAUAGGAUGAUACGUGCUUGCAGUGGCAGCAGUGAUAUGUACGUGAUGUCUCCAGUAACGGUUUCGGAAGAUACUCCAUUGCACCUGGCAGUGUAUAGCAAAAAAGUUUGGCCGCUUCAAGAUCUACUUCAUAUUGCCGAUAAAAAUCCAAAGCUCGGGAAUCCAUGUACAAAAGAGAACGCGUAUAGAAAUACAGUUCUUCAUGAAGCAGUUUUUGCUGGAAAUAUGGAAGCAGUAAAGCACUUACUCCAGUUUACCCCUAAAGAACAGGGUGACUAUGAUCCUUCAAUGCAACUUCAGACUAAAAACGCGCUUGGGGAGACUCCAUUGUAUAGAGCUGCUGCAUGUGGUAAGAAAGAAAUAGUGGAGUAUUUAGCUGGACAAACGAGCCAAAUCUUAGAGGGAAAGCUAUCAGAGGAUCACAGCAAGAGAGAAGAUUCAAAGCCGAUUCUUCAUGCUGCCAUCCAAGGACAACACUUUGACACUGCUCUGACGUUGCUGAAACUGGAUCCAUCACUUUAUGAAAUGAAGGACAAUCAGGGAAUGACCUGUCUUCAUGUCCUUGCUGGGAUGCCUAGUGCUUUCAAGAGUGGACAUGCACUGCGCCCAAUUACCAUUACAAACUUGUUCUACCGUUGCCUUUCCGCCGCAAAGGGUGAUGAUGGCGACCAGAGCCGGAGUAAAAAAGGAUGGCCACUGGUGCAAAGAAUCCGGAAAGAAAAGCACAAGCAUGAAUCUGCGUUGGAACUUGCCCAGGAGCUUAUCAAAAAGAACCAGCUUAAAUGGUGGCAAUCUAUCACAGUGAAGCCUACCAAAGUUAAUAUCGAGACCCCUGGUCAAGGAGGAAGAAGAGGACAAAGUGAAAGACAAGGAGGGGGAGGAAACCCAGGAGGAGGAGGAGGCGAAGGACAAGAGGGAGCACGAGAAGGGGAGGUGGAAAAUAAUGAAAAUGUUCAACCAAAUAUAGAAGAAAAUAGAAAACAAGAGAGUUCUCCUCCACCUCCAAACCCGCUGUUUAUAGCAACUAGUAAUGGAAUAGUAGAGAUUGCUGAAGAGAUACUUGAAAACUUUCCUCAGGGUAUUGAGCUUGUUAAUGAUGAGGGGCAGAACAUAUUGCACUUGGCUGUGAUGCAUCGACGGCGGGAGAUUUUCCGUCUUGUAAGGAAAAAAAACUUACUAGUGACCAGGCUGAGUUCGAGCGUAGAUAAUAAUGGCUUCACAUUGUUGCACCAAGUUGCACACGUGAAGCACUACAGCGGAGGAGCCAAGCCCGGCCCUGCUCUCCAGCUACAAGAAGAAAUAAAAUGGUUCAAGCGAGUGCAGAGGGUGGUUCCACCUUCUCUGUCCGAGCACCGGGUACAGUGGGAGGUUCCGAAGGACAAGAAUUACAAAUUCACUGCAUUCGAGCUCUUCCAAGAGGAGCAUAAAGCUCAACUCAAGUUGGCGCAAGAAUGGAUCGAGAAAACCUCUCAGUCAUGCUCAGCAGUAGCCGUUCUUUUGGCCACCGUUGUCUUUGCUGCCGCUUACACUAUACCUGGAGGUUCUGACGAUCGUGGCUUUCCCAUUUUCCUUCACAAUCGUUUCUUCAUAGCUUUCACUGUCUUGGAUGUUACCGCCUUAGCGAGCUCCUUGACCUCAGUUGUGAUGUUCCUUUCUAUCCUCACCACUCCUUUUGAAUGCGAGAAAUUCUAUCACAAUAUUCCUCGGAAACUGAUAUGGGGCUUUACUUUGCUCUUCUUCUCAGUGAUGACAACCAUGCUUGCUUUUUCUUGCACUCUUCUUUUAGUCGUUCGCUUGAAGAAGCAAUGGACCAGAGGUCUGAUGUCCAUGGCUGCUUUCCUUCCCGUGUCCGUAUUUGCAGUAAUGCAGUUCCCUUUAUAUGUCGCAUUUAUGACUACUAUGAAGGACUUCUAUAAGGAAGUCGUGAAGUCUCUACCUUGUAUCCACCUCCCUUUCCGCUCCCAUUUCAGGCAAGGGAAGGCCAGAAGAAGACGAUUGGCAUUUUGAAAAAGUACCUGUUUGCUUCAAUAUGUGUCUGGAGACCUACCAUCGUCUUCAGUUAAGUAUUUACUUGUUUUUUCCUUGUAACAAACCCUUCUUUGUGUGAGUCAGUGCCUCUGUCAUUUUCUCUUAUGAUCAGGACACUUAAUGAAAAAUAAAAUAUUUGUGAUCCAAUCUGAAGCAGGGCCGAAUCAUUCUGGCAAUGAGAAAUUCCAUCAUUGAUUAUCUUAAUCACCAUCAUUAUAUAUUUAAGGUGUUUUGGAAAUUUCUCGGCAACCACCACUUAGUUUUUGUUUUGAGAGUUUUCGUGAAUUAAUAAAUCAUGCUGUCCCUGUUA